AUGGCUACUCACAAUGAACCCGCAGUUUGUACAUGUAGUGAGGUGAGUUUUCCCUUUAAAUCAUGUGUACUUUUGUAAACACAAAUGUCUUUAGUGGCGAGACAAAAGUUAAGUUGGUGUUUUUGAAUUCAUUUCAGCUUUCUUCCGAGGAUAUUCCAGGAUCAAUGAUAUCGAGGGCCAAUUUAGAAAAAUGCAAAAAAAGCGAAUUAAAGCUGUGGCUUACGUUAUAAGUCAACAGAAACAAGAGCUGAACUUCUCUGAAGGUAAACUUUUAUUAUAGACUAAGUAGUUUUUGUUUUUGAUUGUUUAUGCGGCGUUUUUGUCAAACAAAAACGAUAACAUUAAUGUGAUAAUAAAGCUUAUUACUGAUAUGACCUCUCUUGGAGGUUUUUAAGUUUGAUUGCACCAAUCACUACUAUAAUACUAUCUCCAUUGAAUGUUUCUGUUUUCGAUCAUCAGUGUUUAAGUAUUUAUGUAUCGCUUUUAGGGUAAGACAGAACUUGGAUAAAGAUUUUAUUCUGAUCGACCCCAAUCCCGGGAGAGCAUACACAUGUGCAAAAAAAGCAAGAUGCAGAUUUUGUUCUGGGGAGGAGCAGCUUAGAAAUCCAGAAAGCCAAGAGCCCGAAGCACUUGUUACAGAUACAGAUGUAGACACUGAAGAGAGCUGGAGUAGUGAUACAUCAGUUCUUCCCAAGCGUUUUUCCUACCUUAACAUUGUUGAACAUGUCAAAAAAUCCGGAAGAGAAGCAAAAAGCUAUGUUGAAAGUCCCCUCGAAAAGGGAUACAAGUUUUUCUAUGAAAAUUAUUGUCAUGGUGUCUUAUGUAAGCUUAAAGAAAAUGAAAUCCAGGUUAAAGGGAAGUGCUUUAGAUCACAAAAGAAGAAUGAAAGGCCUCAUAAUUCUACAAUGAUACUGUUAACUACUAGAGAUGUUAAGCGGGCUAAGUGUUGUUGUCCAGCAGGUGCAAGUGGGUAUUGUUAUCACACCAUAGGCUUAUUAUACCUGGUUGACCAUGUCAUUAAAUUAAAGGCCCCUGAAUUCCCAAGAACUGGAACAUGGACAGACAACCCCCAACAGUGGCACUAA